AACGCGAACCGGUACACAAUUUUUUUUUUUCAAAAACCCAACUUAGCUCUCUUUGCACUUUCAGACACCUGAAAGUUGACUCAGCACGACCAGUAUGCGUCGUGUGUGUCGCCAGAGUCGUUGACAUUCCACCGAAUGAAAUCAGCUUUACUUAGCCACUGACUUUUACUCUUUUAAAAGAUCAGUGUGAAGGAGACAAUCGAGACAUUUAGUCGACAACUAGUGGAUAAGAUGAAGCCAUCUGUACCUUUACUACUGAUUGCCAUAAGUGUGUGCGUUCCGGCCAUCCAUGCAGCAUCAAUAUCCAGAAAAACCCUCGUAGUCGCAGAACCACUUGGAUUCCUGACGAAAUUCAUUCUAAACAAACGAUCCAAGGCGGUAAAUGCAGAGAGAAAUGAUGAUGUUCAAACUCUUAUUGGCGCAACUAAAAGAGAAAGCGCGAUUCUUGAGACACCUAUCGUUGCAGCAGCGUCUAUACAAAUCGAAGUAAAGGCUGAUCCGAAACUUGGAGAAGUAUUUGAAACCAAAGGAGCUAAAAAUAAAAUUCAAAGCGCAAGCGAAAAACCGACCGUCGAUUCUACAAGUCCAAAAUCCUCUUCUACCACGGAAGCCCCAACGUGGACCUGGUGGGAGCUGAAUAACCCCAAGAAAUCUGUCAAAAGCAAUACAAGAGAUGUCAUUAAGUUAACAUUCCGCGGUGACGCCCGAAGGGCCACUGCAACCACCCCUGUCGAAGUCGUUGAGACUCCAGCAGAGACAGUGCCCGUUGAUGUUGUCGAAACAACCGCUCAAGACAGCGUUAUUGCAUCGGCCGGAGCAAGUGCUUCCAGCAACGAGGGAUCUCCUGUUUCCGUGGCUACCACCUCACAAACUUUUGAGAAAAAGCCUACCAUUCACAUUAUAGCGAGUCCCAAGCACCGCAUACUGUACGAGGAUAACACACCGGAUUAUCACGUCACGUUACAAGUGAUUAAAGUGGAGAUAGAUCCUGCUCACAUCAAACCAAUACCUGAUACCGUCGCAAUGGAUGUCAAACCAGCUGAAUUCGCAUUCGGUGUAGAUGCCUCCGCUACAACCAGUGCGGCCGGUACAGGUGAAGCUUCUUCAUUGGGGGCUCAGGCUGGUGCUGUUGCAAGUUCAACUUCAGAUACAUCGAUGGACGGAGGCAUUUCUACUGUGGGUGUUACGUCUGGCAACACCCAAUUGAAUUUAUACUCGGGAUCAUAUGGGUCUCAGUCUGGACUAGCUGGAACCGGUGUAACCGGAGUAACCGGAGUAACCGGAGUAACAGGAGUAACCGGGACAACAGGAGGGGCUGGAGGGGCUGGAGGGGCUGGAGGGGCUGGAGGGGCUGGAGGGGCUGGAGGGGCUGGAGGGGCUGGAGGGGCUGGAGGGGCUGGAGGGGCUGGAGGGGCUGGAGGGGCUGGAGGGGCUGGAGGAGCAGGAACAACAGGAACAACAGGAACAACAGGAGCAACAGGAGCAACAGGAGCAACAGGAGCAACAGGAGCAACAGGAGCAACAGGAGCAACAGGAGCAACAGGAGCUGGAUUGGAUAGCUCAGAAGAGGAUGAUUGA